CCUUUAUUAAGUGCUGGAAGUAAUGCUAGCUCUUCAAGAUCCAAUUCAUAUUAUGGAGGAGGUCCCCCAAGGCCACCUAGACGUGGAGGCUUUUCGACUUUUGAUUCAAUAGCUGGCCCUCCAACUCCUAUGCCUGGCGGAUGAGGUCGGUAAGGGUUUCGGAUGAUUCUGGAACCCGUUAACCCGUAACUUCUCUUGUUAAUUUCAUUUGUUUAAUCUGUGAAACUACUAAUUUCUUGUAACUGUACGGUUUUAAGAGUGAAUGACGUUCUUUGGUGAAAUAUCCAGCCAAAGUGACCAAUGUAUUUCUUGAACCAGACAUCCUUUAUGAAUGUAAAUAUUUUUUCUGUUUUUAAUAAAUUUCUUCAUAAGUUGUA